GUCAGCAGCCAGCGCGGCUUUACCCUGUUGCUACCCGGCCGCCGGUGUCACCUUGGGGGUCUCUCCGUUCAGUCGGUACCAAGAUGGCAGAAGCAGGGAGGCAGCGGACCUCCCCCAAGGCUGUGAAGUUCCUGUUCGGGGGGCUGGCAGGGAUGGGGGCCACUGUCUUUGUGCAGCCCCUCGACCUGGUGAAGAACCGGAUGCAGCUGAGCGGGGAAGGAGCCAAAACCAAGGAGUACAAGACCAGUUUCCAUGCUGUUGGCAGCAUCUUGCGCAAUGAGGGCCUGAGAGGGAUCUACACAGGUUUAUCAGCGGGGCUGCUGCGCCAGGCCACCUACACCACCACCCGCCUCGGCAUAUACACCAUACUGUUCGAGAAGUUCACAAAGGCUGAUGGGACUCCCCCCAACUUCCUUAUGAAGGCUGCUAUUGGAAUGACCGCAGGGGCCACCGGGGCUUUUGUGGGGACACCGGCGGAGGUUGCACUCAUCAGAAUGACUGCCGACGGCAGGAUGCCCGUUGAUCAGCGGAGGGGCUACACCAACGUGUUUAAUGCACUAGUGAGGAUGUCAAGGGAGGAGGGAAUUACCACACUUUGGAGGGGCUGUGUACCCACCAUGGCUCGCGCCGUCGUUGUUAAUGCGGCUCAGUUGGCAUCGUACUCGCAGUCCAAGCAGUUCCUGCUAGAUACAGGGUACUUUGGGGAUGAUAUUCUGUGCCACUUCUGUGCCAGUAUGAUCAGUGGGCUGGUCACCACUGCCGCCUCCAUGCCAGUCGACAUUGCAAAAACCAGGAUACAGAACAUGCGUAUGAUCGAUGGGAAGCCCGAGUACAAGAACGGACUGGACGUGCUGGUGAAGGUGGUGCGGUACGAGGGGUUCUUCAGCCUGUGGAAGGGGUUCACCCCGUAUUACGCGCGUCUGGGACCCCACACCGUUCUGACCUUCAUUUUCCUGGAGCAGAUGAACAAAUACUACAAGAAGUUUUUCCUCAGCGGAUAAGCGACAAACUGCGAAACCCCAGAGAAGCUGUCCCUUGGGAGACUCAACCUCACAUUUCCCGCCCCCGAGGGGACUGGCCCGCCCCCUGCUGUGAGAUUGCGGUACUGCAGUACUGGUUUCCCAGCCUCCUCUGGGGGCUUUAAUCUGUGUGCAAUUGGCCGGCGGGGUAUCUGGACUCUCUGCUUUGACAUAUAUACACUUUUGUAUAUAUGUGUGUGUCUUAAUAUAGAAACUGCACCCUUGGGGGCACAGGGGUAGUUUGGGGGGGGGGGGGGGGUUAGAGCUGUAUACUGGAUCAUGGAAGUACUGUAUAAACUGCUACACACA